AUGAGGAAUACGACCGGUUCGUUGAACACCUUCACGGCUUCACGAAGAAGGCUGAUAGUUUCAAAACCACCAAGGGACGCCUAUCUUGAGCUGAUAUGCCAGCGUGGAGCAGCACGAGAAGCAGGCAACCAGGAACUCACCUCCAAGCUCGCAAGGCUUUGCGGAGAAUCGGUAGAAGAAUACCUCAAAGAGAGAAGAGCAGAAGUGAUGGCUGAAGCUGCAGAGGCGGAUAAAAGCAUCCACUAUGACCGUUAA